CAUCAUGUAUACCACAAUCAUCAUCAUCAUAUAUAUCACAAUCAUCAUCAUAUAUACAACCAAUACUAUCACCACUAUCAUCACCAUGUUUACAACCACUGCCACAAUCAUCAUCAUAUGUAGCUCCAGCUACACAAACGUUAUCCAGUUUAACUACGUCUGUAAAGCAACCUGAUUGUUUUUCACCAGCCCCACAGCAUUCAUAUCUUGACUCAUCCCUUGCAACCACACUCCAAAAAACUCUUAAACAAACAAUAGAAUCUGACAAUCAAAAGACUCAGAUCAAUUCUCAAGGUAUCAGCAAACUUGAAAACUCUCCUAGUCCUGUUGCUAUGGCAACAACAGAGUUUCAAGGAACAUAUAUAACCACAACGUUGGGGUCCAAUGAAUCGUCGCCAACUUCACAAAAAGCAGAAGAGUGUGUUUUUGGUUUUAUUUCUGGUUUUGAAGGAGGUUUGUCCUGUGGUCAAAGUAAUGAUCAAGAUGGCUUGACCAUACCAGUCAAUAAGACAUUAGUUAGUGCUUCUCUGGACAAAGAUAUAGAUGGUACAAGGCUGUCAAAAAAUGGGACAAAUAGGAAAGAGAUUGCRUAUGGUAACGAAAGGAAGAAAAAGAAUGAUUCCAGUGGAAUCGCAUGUGAGAAUGCUAAGAAGCAAGAGAAUAAGGAGUCAAGAGAGGUGGUGCAUAUUGAUGAGUGUGGUGCCGAGGAAAGACAUGGACAAAAGAGACCUGCUGGACAGGAUUUAAAGGAGAACAAGCCCAAGAAAUCCAAGCAGUGCAAAAAGAAAUCAAAGUCAAAGUUAUUGCCGAAAAAUUUUGAUGUGGACAAGUUCCUUUCCAAAUUGCAUUACAUCGAGAAGUGAAUAACAAGGACAAUGAUCAAGGAUUUCCUUGAGAAAGUAUUUUUUAAAUGCCUAACAGGGUAAGAAUAGAACAGUUUCUGUAUGAAGCAGAACUCAAAAUAGUGGGGUUCCACUGUACAAGAACGAAAUUCAUGGAAAAAGGUUUUUAACAAAACGUUUUAAGUACUAGUUUUACACUUUUUAUUGUUUGACUUGUGCAAGAUUUCAAGAAAAAAAUAUAUUUUCAAGUG